CUCUCUUUCAUUGUGAUAGUAAAUAUCUUUGAUCUGCACACAUGUCAUGUUACACACGAACAGAUGUUUAUCCAAUGAGGUGCAUGUGUUGGCGAUUUUCUUUGUAGUCCCGGGCUUGAACACGUGAAUGAUUAUCGUGAAAAAAAAGUAGUAGUUUUGAGCAAUGACGUAUCUGAAGUCCUGGGAAGAGUUUGAAAAACAAGCGGAGAGGUUAUAUCUCCAGGAUCCCAUGAAGGUGCGGUACACAAUGAAGUAUAUACACAAACAAGGGUGCCUGAAAGUGAAGCUGACGGACAAUGUUGUUUGCCUUCAGUACAAAACAGAAAUACAACAAGACUUAAAGAAAAUGGAGAAGUUUAUCAACAAUCUAAUGCGACAUAUGGCAUCAAAAGAACAGAGAGCAGUUGACAAUACAGCAGUUGGCUGCUGAAAGUGUUGUGCCUUGUUCCCAUUAGCCAGUUCAAUGAAAGGGUUUUGCUUCUGCUGUCAGACUAUAAAUAUAAUGCUAAGACAUUUCACAUGAUUUAAAAAACAGAAUAAGAAGUCCAAAAACUUAAUUCUAUUAAUUCAGAUACUCAUAUAAAGGAUCAUAAAUCAAAUACCAUGUUAUAAAGAAUACAUUAGGUAAUGACCUAUCGUCCCAUAGAUUAUUGAUGCUUCUACUGCUUGUCUGAUGCAGAAGCAACAUCCAUUGUAUGAGCUGAGUGCAUUUGUCAGUAUUGAUGUUUUAAUGCCACUGACUUUUUAUGUGGACACUUGACAAAACAACAAUGGACAAGAAAAAAUGACAUGUUAAACAUUUGUGUGUGUGUAUGUAAAGGAAAAUGUGUUCUGAAGUGACUAGACUCUCUGCUGCAAAGAAUAAAGAAGUGGCUACUUUGAAGAUACUGGGACAGUAAAUGAGUAAUUCAUCAGGGCUGGCCACAAUCCCAUUUAGAUAUAAUUUACACCAAACUUCUGUGUUCAUUAAAUAGUUAAACCACAAAUGUGCAGAAAAACAAAUGUCAUCGUUUGCUGUGUUCUCUGGACUUGUAAUUUAAAUGAGGUAGCUAUAACAAAUAUUGUGCCUUACGUGGGGAAACACAGCAUGUAAAACUGAAUGUGAACUUUAAUUGGAAAUUAUAUUAAAUUUUUGUUUACUGAAGACAA